GGGAGCCCAGCCUGGGAUUGAUGGAGAGAGGGAUGGUGCGGCUCUCGUGGGCUGAGAUCUAAUGGUGGGCAGUGGGGGCUGAGGAAGGGAGAAGAGUCAGUGUAGCCAAGGAAGCAAAAUGGCUGGGAAACUGUUCCCCGAAACGUACAUUGGCGACUCGGAGGAUGCGUUCAAAAAGCCCCCAACUGGAAAGAAACACUUUGUGCCCCCACAAGACUCCAAGUCAGUGAGCCCCCCGAGCGUGGACAACGAACCCAACAGCGACAACCUGGCAGAUGCCACAGAGCGGAAAGAGCUGACUCCGGAAAACAAAGGUCGCCAAGAUGGAGACGUUUGCGGCAGCAAGGAAGACGAGGCCAAGCGGGCAGCCCGCAGCCCCCAGAAGGGGGAGCAACCCCCGAAGCCACCGUAUAUGAGCUUGCUCGAUUUUGGAUGGCUGCAGGAGAAGGAAGAGGAGGAGGCACCCCAGGAUGACCAGGCCAGUGUGCUAGAAGACGCGAGCAGCCAGGGGACAGUCGCCAAGAGCUCAGUUUGUGAUCUCCAGGAGGAGCUUUGGCCCCCGCCAGGGGAUAACACAGAAGAACACUUGGAGCCCAGAGUGAGUGAGGUGGCUUUGAUUGACAGCUUUGGAUCCAAUGGGAAGCUCAUGCCACGUGCCACCACUUCCCUGGCCGACAGUCUGGACAGUGGCCCCCUCGACCACGAAGGCUACUACCUCUGUGACGAGGAGGCCCUCCUCAAGGACUCCAGUGCUUCCACGGGCUAUUUCCCCUGCUACCGGACAUACAUCGAGUUUCCUCGGUACCAGCCCCCAAGCAGCGAGGGCCCUCCGGGCAGGGCAGAGUGGUGCCCAGGGACCUGCCAGGAUGCCAGUGUGCAGUGCGACCUGAGCGGAGAGGAGGGCACGGCCGGCGGCGAGAAGACUGGAGCGGAAGCCAACAACAACUCGAAAGAAGCCAAGCCCUGGGUGGCCCCGGGCGAGAUCUCCCAGGGGCUGCACGGCGGUGGUGGCCCCAGGCCCCCGUCAGGUGGGAGGAAAUUGGAAGGGCUGGGUGGAAGGCGGCCGAGGCCACUGGGAGACGGCAAUCAGGAGGUCGUCAAGCUCAGGAAGUCCCAGGAAGGGCCUCUGAAGCCCCACCCAGCGGGGAGUGCCAUCCCCAGGCCGAGCGCCAAGGUGGGCAUCGCCAAAGAGGUGCCUGCAACAGGGCCGUGGAGCACCCAACUGCCCAUAUCAGCCGCCGUCACCCGGAAGUCUUCCGAGAAAAGGAAACACCGGAGCUGCCGGCUGGAGGAGACGCCAGAGCUGAAGCCGCUGCUGCUGCACAGCCCGCGGUCCUUGCCCCCCAGCCCAGAGGAGAGUUUGGGGCCCUUGAAUGUGUGCUGCUACGGCACGGAGGGCGCAGGGGAACAUCGCGAGGCGCAGCUGGUGAAAGAAAGAGGAAAAGAAACGCGGCUCUCAACCACCCUCAGUUCCCCCUUGACAUCGGGGACCACCACCCCUUCAGAAACCCACACCUACGCGUCCCGCCUCAGCUUCCACUCAAUUGUUUCCUGGAUGAGGAAGAUUUUCCGCAGGUCACCGUCCCCAGCAGAACAGCCCCAACCAAGCACCAGCCAAGGGACAGAGGCAGGCAGGAAGCCAGGGCCUACUUGGCUAAGUUGGUUCGUGAGUAGCCGAAUCUACCCCCAGCCGCUUUGAGGUGGGGGCCCCCGGCCUCACGGGGGCACCAGAGAGAAGUCGGGGGAAAUAUGCUCUAUGCUGAUUUAACGAGGAGGAUUUUCCAAACUUCACUCCAGAAUUGGAGCAGGAGAAGUUGGCUGUGGAGAUCUUGGUUCCUGGGGUUCGUUUGUAUCUUAUGACACCUGGGUACACGAUUGCAUCAAGGUUUUGUUUUCUUA